AUGAUACAAUUUGUCCAUUAUGGGCCUCACAAAAUAAAACCCUGGUACGAAAGUCGCGGUUAUAUUGAUUUGGAGAGCAAAUCUUCCAAGUCCUACCGGUGCAAAGAGCCUAAAUCCCUGUGGCAAGGUGUUUUGGAUAGUGAACAGAAAGUUGACCCGACGCGAGAAAUCGAUAUCUGGAUAUGCCCGAAAUGCUUUUUGUACACGUCUGUUGGUACUGAUAUUGAUUCUCAUUCAGCUUUUUGUCGCUAUAAGGACAGUGAGCGUCCAGGAAGAAAGGUCUACGACACAGAGUCUUGCAGCAUUUACGAGCUUGACCCGAGCCGCAGCGAGAGCGAGAAGUUGUAUAUGCAAUGUUUAUCGCUAUUUGGCAAGUUUUUCUUGGAGACCAAGUCCAUUUGUUUUGCUAUGGAUGGGUUUUUGAUCUAUGAAGUAGUUGAUAAAACCAGCGGGCUGGUUGCAGGCUUUUUCUCAAAAGAAAGACACCCUUGGUUCAAUUACAACCUGGCAUGUAUCGUAACGUUCCCGCCCUUCCAACGGCGUGGUUUGGGUCAACUAAUGAUUGGGUUCUCGUAUCGUCUUACAAGGGAACAAGGUGAGGUGGGCUCUCCUGAAUUGCCUCUCAGUGCCCAUGGUGAGAAAACAUACCUUGCAUACUGGUGUGGCGAGAUAUAUCGAGUGUUUCUUUCCGAGGAGGCCGGAAAUAUGCAUUCGCUUCGAGAACUCGCCAUGUUAACGGGAAUUGAGCCCAGUGAUGUGGUUGCCGCUUUCCAGCAUAUGGGCGCCAUAUCCAAAGUAAAAGGCAGAACUAGUGUUGAUGUUGACAAAAUAUUCGACUAUGCCACCAGCCAUCGCUUGCCUCCGGCGUUUGACGAGUCGGGCAUAGUCUAG